AAUAUUUAAUUUAGCAAAUUCUUAUUGUAAUUUAUUCCACACAAAUUGAAAACAAGAAGUUUAUAAAAAAAGUAUUAAAAAAAAGUAAAAUGAUAAUUAAACAACAAGAAAAGGAAAAUCUGGAUAAACAUGAAUAAUGUCUUUAAAGUUGUAUUGUCUGUACUGAUCUUUUUUGCUGGAACUCAGUCAGUUUUAUCAGGUUGUACUAAUGAUAGUUCUACAGACUUCCAAUUAACAGCAAGUGGUUACCAUAUCGAGUCUAACAUCUCAUGUGUUAGUGUUUGCAAUUCAUACAAUCCUUCAAUUUUUUUCUAUGCUUUUUUCCUUGAAGGUCAGCUUUGUUUUUGCAGAAAUGCAUCUCUUCCCCAGUUAAAUAUAUCUAACUUUAAUAGUCCUUGUGUAACAAGUUCAUGUUUGAGUGAUAACUCUACUUCUGAUUGUUCUCUAAGCAGUUAUGAGGUUUUGCCGCUCACAUUAGGUAUUGUUGAGUGGAGCAUAACUUUUAGUCCUACUGUUUUACUUGUGGACAAUGAAAUUCAAAUACAGACAAAUAUCUUAAAAGGUGAUGCAUCAAGUGCGUAUGUGAGACCAUUACUGAGUAACUUACCAACAGAUGUUCAAAACAUCAAUGGUAUGACGAUAAGAAGAUAUUUUUAUUUACCUGGUUUACAGCAGUGGUCACAAGAAAUAGGAAAUGCUUUCACAAACCCGUUUAUUACUACAACUUGGAUACAAAUUGAUGAAAAAGUUGGUGGUAUUUACUUAAUCACAUCUGCAAUUCCAGUUAAUGGUUUUUACAAUUAUUUUUUGGUUAUUACACAAGGAACAAACAUAAGUGUAACUCUUAUGCUCCCAUCAAAUAAAAGUUUAUUAUUUGAUGCAGACGUUAUUCGUUCAGCAUAUGGACUAGAUUUACUUUCAGUUUAUAAUUACACAGAAAAAAAGUGCAAUCUUUCAGGAGGUUUUAUUUUAAAACAAGUUAUUUUAAAACCUGGUCGUUUUACAAAAGUGAAAUUAAAAGUAUCUGACAUAGGAGCUUUAGAAAUUGCAAUUUUGAGACCAAUAUGCAGCAGUUCUACUACUUUUUGUUCCUUUACCAUGGAUUGUGCUACUGACUGUUUUUCAACAGACUUAAUAGAAGAUGAAGUUGUUCCACAAAAUUCAUCCACAAUUACAACUUUAGUUGUAACUAAAUUCAUUUUUUUGUUAAAUGAUACUGGAGUGAUUGAAAUACCUAUCCAACAUAUCAAUAAUCAAAUUCAAGAAAACGACAUGAUAUGGAUUGGUGGAAGUGCUAGUUUAUUUUGUAAUGGAGCAAAUCAUGAGCAAGUGCAAGGAGUGGAAAUCGGAAAAACAAUAAUAUUUUCCACUAAUAACAUAACUAACAAUGACUUUUUUAUUUCACUUUUUGUAUCUAGGCCCUUCGAGGUCAUGAUUCCUAUACCAUCAAAUAUAACUGGGCUGUUUAGUUUUACAGUUGAAGUGUCUAAUCAUGUUCCAUCUUUUAAAAGUCUGACCUAUUCAUUUAACUUUCAGACCCCUGUGUCUGGUUUGCAGUUUGCACAGAAGAAACCGAUUUCAAAAUUUGUUGCUGGGUACAAACUUAAUACUUGGGUAACGCUAAAAGCUGUGAUUGACAAUGGGUCGGAUGUUACUUACACAUUUAGUAUACCAAAUCUUAAUUAUUCCAAAAGUAUAUCUAACGAUAAUCAAGUUUAUUAUAUGUUUAACAAUGCAGGUAUUUACACUGUCUAUUUGACAGCUGCCAACAAGAUUAGUUCACUUAAUACUUCAAUUGAUGUUGCUGUUUUAUCAGAAGUAAGUGGAGUAUUUUUGGAUGUUGGAGAAAUUCAGCAACAAAAUAGUGUUUUUAAUACAACUAUAAGAAUAUUCAAUGGAACUAAUAUGCAGUUAUUAGUUGAUUUUGGUGAUGGAACACCUGCUAUAAAUAUUUCGAAUAUAGAUGCAACCAAUGUAAAUGGUGUUAAUUUUACUUUUACCCAUACGUAUUCCACAUGCAAUUUGUUUACAAUCAAUGCCAGUGCAUCAUACCUUUUUGCAAACACAAAAGGUAAUUUAAACACUGCUAUAUUCUUUGAUUCUACAGAUGUAGCUGUUUUUUGUUUAUUUUCUCCAUUGAAUGUGAUAACAAACCCAGUUGUUUCAUUAGAUGGAAAAAUUUAUUUAUCUCUCAGCAAAAAUUUAGCUUUAAACAUAAAUCAAAAUAAAGGAUCAUAUAUGGUAUACUUAAUUGAUUGGGGAGAUGGUAAUUAUGAAAUCGAAAAUCAAACCAUGAAUCAAAAUCCAGUUCCAUUCCAAAUACAGCAUAAAUAUAAUAAAGAAAAUAACUACACUGUUAAUGUAACAUGUUACAACUUGUUGCAAAAUUCAAGCUUUCUGGUUCAAAUUGUUGUGGAAAACUGCUCAGUCCCUGAGGUCAGUUUUUAUUACGGAACAGUUACAAGUCCAAUGAAUAUUAUUCGUAGUAUUGGAGGUGAUAUAACAGCAUUUGUUGAAAAUAUUGAUAGUUUUUGUAAACUUGAAACUUUCAGUUUUAAAUGGAAUCUUGAAAGUUCCACUUCAAAUACUUCUGUUUAUGGCUUUUUAUCCCAGCAAAAAGUUACUUACUCAAUUAAAAAAAAUUCACUUGAUAUUGGCUUUUAUAUAUUAACAUUGCAAUAUAUUUAUGGACAUGUUACAAAUGUUUAUUCUGCAUACAUUAAUGUUGUAUUUUCUCCAUUGCAUAUAAAAAUUGAUAAUGGGUUCUUUUCUACUAUUGCUUAUAAAAAGAAAGUUGGAAAUGACACUUUAUAUCAAAACUUUACCAUAAGUGCAAAGUCUAGUUAUGAUCCAGAUGAUCCAUCAAGUGGCGCUCAAAAUAUUAUCUUUAAUUGGAAAUGUAAAGUUGCUUUAAAUUUUUCAGUUGCUCAAGAAAUUAUGGCAAAUUAUACAUCUUUAAACUUGACUAACCUUAGUGACACUUGCUUUGAUCAAAAUUGGCUUAGCAUUUCAUCUAUUACUCCAGAAGUAUCUUUUAAUACACAACAGUUUCUGGAGGGUAUGACAUAUCAUUUUGAAGUUUGUGGAUCAAAGUAUGAAGGAAAAGAUGUGGAAUUGUUAGAAAUAAGCAAGACAAGUUGUUUUACACAAGAACUUCAAAUAAUUGCUGGUGGUCUUCCAACUAUUUCUGUUAGGUGCGUUUCAAACUGCAAUGAAAAACUGAAUUUUAAAGAGCGAACAAUUUAUUCAUAUUUAUGUGAAGAUUGUGGUUCUCAAAAAUUAACGGCAGAGUGGAAGAUAACGGAUGAUGCUAGUAAUGUUCCUGUUGAAAUUAUGUCUCAAGAUGCUACAACAACUGGUUUCUUGACCCCUAGUCUUGUAAUUAAUAAAGACAUUCUGCUUGAAACAAAAAACUAUACAUUUACUUUAACAGUUGGUUUUACAGACUCGUUAAAACGAGUAAGGUUUGAGUUUACAAAGACUACAAGCUCUAAGCCAUCUUUAGGAGUUUGUUACAUCAACCCAACGGAUGGCUACGCUCUAGAAACAUAUUUUAAGAUUGUUUGUUAUGAUUGGGUAGAGUUAGAUGGCUUUUUAAGCUACAGGUUUUUUUAUGAUAACAGUCAAUUACAGCAAAUGGAGCUUAGUAGUUCAUCAACUGUUGAUUAUCCUAUGUUAAAUGCUGCAACCACAGAUCAACCUAGUUUAAUUAACUUUGUGAUGGGUCCUGGUGAUGAGAAAAAUAAUUACAAAAUAAGUAUAAUUAUAAAAGUGUAUGGUAAAUACAAUGCAUACACAGAAUACAACAACCUUUUUAUCAAGGUGCGUCCAAAUAAUAAACCAAUAAAUUUGACAGAAUUGCUAAAUAGAAUAAAUUUAAAUGAUACACAAAGUAUAGCUAAUAUUGUUCAAGCAAUUAGCUCUGCUACAAACAAAUUGUCAGCAAGUUAUUACAAUAACACACCAAUACCUUUAAACAAGUUUACAAACAUGGUUGAUGAUGAUGCCAUGAUUUUAAGAAAUUUAGAAAAGCAGGAAGAAUUAUCUCGCUUACAAAAGUCACGCACAGAAAUGAUUGAUUUACUCAGCAAUGCUCCAAUCAACGGUAUGAGUUCAUUUAAAUCGAUAGGGGAUGCUUUGGUUUUAUCUUCACAUAACCCUAUGGAGUUGGUUCCUCAAACUCAGAGCCAGGCAGCAAAUAUUGUUACAAAACUAGCUGAUCUUUUUACAAAAGAGAAUCUUCAAGAUAUUGGGGCCGACAGCUUUGAAACUAUGACUAAACCAUUUUUAAAUUCAAUUUCUAAUUUGUUUGAGGCUAAUUUUUACUACAUUACACCUGGAAUAGCUUUUCCGACAACUCAAAUGACAACAUCAUCGCCAAAUUUAGAAGUUAGUAUUAAGUUGGUAUCAAAUUUGUUCAAAUCCAUGGAUAACUAUUUUUUAGCAACACAAUUAUACAAAGUUCCUAGUGAAAAACAAACUACAGGUGAAACAAAGCAGUUUAAUUUUGUAUUAAAGAAAGAUUACCUGAGUAGCUUUAGCAACACUUCGAUUGGUUCAUCUGAUGGUGGUUUUAUUCUUCCAGAUUCUAAAGAUAUGUUUGAUGAGUCUGUUCAAAACUCACUAGUUCUAAUUAAUAAUGUUAGAAUGAAGAUUAUGGCAUACACCUGGGAUUCUAUUCGAUCACAAAACAUUCUCUCAGAAACUCAAAGUCUUUCUUUUUCUGAUGUGAAUGGUCAUCAAAUAAAUGUAAACAACAGUUCACAACCAAUAAAAAUUAUUAUCAAAAAUAUUCCAGAAAAAAUGACUGGUAAAAAUAUAUCUUUAUCAAUGCCUAAUGAUAUAUAUCAAGUUAAGCUACCAAUAGCAUUAGAUUGCAAUUUACUUCUAAAGUUUGCAGUUAAAAAUGAUGAAAAUAAUUUAACGAAUCUCAUUGUUUACCUCCAGUAUGGAAAAAUUGCAUCAAAACUAGAUUACGAUAUUGCAUUGAAUAUUUCUGCUAAACAUGGCAUUGUCAUGACGAAAAGUAGUUUACCUGUUUCUAAUACAACAAACAAUGUUAGCAUUAAUUUUUCUAAUGUUUUGGUAAGAAACCAAGAUGCUUAUCUUCUUGAUGAUGGCACAUUAGUAUUAUGGAAUUUUUCUAACUCAACAUACUCUUUUCUUAAUAAAACUGAAUUGCAUUUAUUGUUUUCAUAUGUUGGUCCAAUACCUGAUAAAAAACUAGAUACAAAUCCAUAUACUUUUGAUGAAGCAGAAUCUUAUGGGGCGUUUGACUAUGAAAUGAAAUCAUUUUGCGCAGAGUGUAAUUAUUGGAAUGAAGAUGGUAAUAAAUGGAUGUCUGAUGGAUGUCAGUAUGAUGUUCAAACCUCAACAUUUUCGCUAACGAAAUGUAAGUGCAACCAUUUGACAGCUUUUGGUGGUUUUUAUGUGGCUCCUAACACCAUACCAACACCUUCACUUGCAAAGUUAAAGCAAGGUUAUGUUCUUUUUGUUACAGUUGGAGUUAUUAUUUUUCUUUGGAUACUUGGUUUAAUAUUUACAAGGAAAAUGGAUAAAGAAGAUAUUUCAAAGAUUGGCGUUUGUCCACUGCUUGAUAAUCAAGCUGAUGAUACUUAUAUUUAUCAAAUAACAGUUAAUACUGGUAGUCGAAGAAAUGCUGGAACCAAAUCAAAUAUCUUUUUUACUGUUGUUGGUAAGUUGACAUAUAUGCCUAAUUUUAAAAAUUAG